GUUCCCUCUUCCCUCUUCUCACCAUCACCGCAACCUCUUCGCCAACAGCCCACAGCAAGGUACGUCUCACUCGAAUUCUUGCUCGAGACAGUUAUAUGGAUAUCGAGAGCUCAUAGUUGGCCAAUCGCUGCGUUACAACAAACCCUCUUCACAACAACUUAUAAUCAAGCCAAGAAUUCAAAUACCUGCGGCCAGGAUUCACUAGUCCCUACCCAGCCGAUCAGAUUCUCGUCGAGAUGGCCACCGAGAGGCUUGACGCUCCUCAAAACAGAGCGGAGUCUCGCAUACGGACGCGACGACAGUUAACCAACCUGCGGGAGCACUAUGCCCACACCCUGGAGCAAUAUUCCGCCGUCGCGCAGAGAUCGAUGUUGCUGCUUGAGCGGGCAAUCGCCGAGCUCGCACAGCAGGCAGCCAACGCGGCGGCUAGUGGUGCCACGGCCGGAGGUAACGCUCAUAUGACGAGCCAGGCCUUCUGGGUAGAAGUUCGUGUGAGGUGCAGCGCUUGGGAGCGGCCGUGCAAGAACUCGGCGACUUCCCAGCGGAGAUUGAGAUGCAUGUCCAGCGUCGAGCUCUCGCGCGACGCUUGGGAUCUCGGGGAUGAUGGGUCGGACUCUUCUUACUUUUGGUCCUACCGUGUAAACCCGGGUCAAGUGGCGACUGCUCGAUGGUGGGAAAGGCCAGUGGGAUCUGAUAUUCGGGACGUGCCGCGUGCGUCGUCAAUGAUAGGAUUGUUUAGUGGCUCAGAAUAACUCAUCUCAUCGCGAAACCGAUCUCCGUCAAAGCAACGCAAGAAGGAUUAGUAGAAUCGUAGCCAACUUGUAAGGAAAUUACUCACCGACGG